CGCCUCCCUUUUUCGACGACAUCUACACUCCGCCUAGAAUGGCGAACAUUUAUUCUCUCUCUACCGAGCUACUGCGGUUAAUUUUCAUUCAUUGUAGCAUAGCUGAUAAAGCAAGCCUCUCUCAAACAUGUCGUUUGCUGCAUGUGAUUAUUAUACCUGAAGUGUACCGGUGCAUUGAUCUAAGUACCCAUAAUCUUGAUGAAAAAUGCAGGCCAAUGCGGUAUCUCUCGGAAUACGCGCUUGUUCCACCAGAUUUUGUGGAGAAGGAGCGACCGAGGUUCGAAAUAGAAAUGUUUGAGAGACAAAGGCUGUUCAUCCGGACGAUUAUUGAACGCCCCGAAUACGGAAAGAAUGUACGGAAGCUAUUCUGGACGGUCAUGGACUCUCAUGACUCUUGGGGCUCCGAGGAUUUUGGAAUCUAUUGGGAGGAUGAAAAUGGUGAGCCCAGCGACGAAUAUGGCUAUAGUGGUGGCAACCAGGAUGAAUUUGAAGAUGAUGAGGAGCGCCCUAUGUACGUUCCGGAAGAUGAGCCUCUUUGGCGAACUUUUGCAAGUUUUACAGGGGUGGUGAGUGUGGAUAUCUGCUGGAUAAGGUUCUGGCGAGAGAUCACACCUCCACCGCCGUUAUUUCCUUCGGCCACUUCUAUACGAUUAAGCGGCUGCAUGACACGUGCCUUUGCAGAGAUUCUUCUGGGGGGUGGAUUGAAUGCAGCUUCACUCAAGUCAGAUCUCGAACAACUUGAGAUACACAACCUGCUACAAUUUUCGGAACCCGUACCCGGAUAUCAACAAUCACUCCACCUACGAGAUCUUAGUAAGCAUGUUUCAAGUGAAAACUCUGGAUGUAGGAGAACCAAUGGUGGCAGGCCAAUGGAUGGCAUUCUCGAUAUCCUUGCCGGUCGGUGUACUAGCCUCAUGUCCCUGCGCAUCACCACUUGGGGACCUCGGGAGAGUUGGUUGCUGGAUGAAAAGAUGACUAAAAUUGACGACCAGCGGUAUUUUUCAUGGGGACAGUUUUUGAAGUCCGUGCGCCACACCUUGCAAUACUUUUCAUUCGAACAAGGUGACAAUAACAACGAGUUUAUCGGAGACCGUCGUGGGCGUCGGCCUCACCAGCAGCACAGACCCAUGGACCAGCUUUUCGUGCGUUGGAUCCUUCCUGUGCUACUGGAAGGUCCGUGGCCUCGAAUGAAGCGCAUGGAAAUAAGAGGAGUUGGGCGUUGGACCGAGAGCCCUAGACAUAUUGACACUCCUCUAAGCGAAGUUGAGAAGCGCAAUCCGAAUGCCAUAUACAAAAUAAGGCCGUAUGUGGACCACCUCGGACGUCAAUAUUAUGAGGUCGAAGAAACCCAUAUUGCAUUUACCGUGGAAGCAAAGCGGAAACUCCAAGCAGUGUUAGGAGAUGAAGUGUACUUGGAUAUCGAUGAAACAGCAUCGAGAGACUAUGAAUGUUGUGAACAAAUGAAAGACGGAAUACCUGAUAUCUCAGACUGAGCUCUUAAUACGGAAUCCCGGCAACGGAAGUUGCUGACCGAGCAUUAAUGUGGACUUCGAAAUUUCGCUAGUUGAGAAUACUGAGCAUCCGCUUCGAAUUCUCGAUAGGGACAGAGGCUAGAGUGAGCCUUCAGCAUGUUGAGAUGGAACUCUCACAAAGGCAGGCUGGGGUUGUGGAUAGGCGAGUUAAACUUAGUGG